GUAAUAAACAUUUUCAUUUUGUUUUCGUCACAAAUCAUAAAAGCGACAGGCAGAAAAAAGGAAAGAGAGAGAGUGAAGUGUUGUGAGAGAGCCCCCAACCACAACCAAAUUCAAUUUCCUCUGGAAAACCUCAACGCUGGAAUUAAAUUUUAAGCUUUCGUCUUCUUCUCCGCUAAGCGACGAAAGAUGCUCUGUCUCAAAUCGGAAGCUCUUCGCGACGAUCAAACAUUAGCUUCCUCUUCUUCUUCUCCCAGCAGCACCGAUCGUAGCUCCGGAAAUGCCACUUUUCGUCUUCCCAUCAAUUGGGGAAGCUCGAUUCGGAGGUAUUUGAAGAAGCCUGGCACAUUUUCGAGAAGAUCUUACUCUUCAGGAGAUGGAUCUUUGUAUUUUCCUGAUCUCGAUGAAAGCAAGAUGCUUGAUCAAACUAGUGGUAGGUUUGAAGGAAAAAGCAAGUUAUGGUACAAAUGUGAGCUUGAACAAGAUGUUAAGAAACUACAGAAGCAGUUACAAGAGGAGAUCAACUUACGGUUAGCUCUAACAAGCGCUGUUGAGCACUCUAGUUCGCCCUUCAUGGAUUCCCCAUGCGAACUUCCCGACAAGGCACAAGAGCUUUUGGACAGCUUAGCAGUACUGGAAAUCACGGUGUCAAAGCUUGAACAAGAAUCAGUUUCCUUGAGAUAUUUACUGAGGCAAGAGAAGAACGAGCGUCGUCUCACUGAGAUUCUACAAAAGAAGUCUCAUUACUCUGCACCUUCAAAGUUCACUAAUCCACAGAGUUUCCCUAACAAGUUGGUGACAAGGAAAAGAGAGAGUAAACAAGUGGCUUCUGUAGAUAAUGAAGCUUUACAAGUAGAAUGAAGAAGCAAAGUCAGAUGAUUUGAUCUUUGCCAUUGCUGUAAAGUCCAUGAGCAAAAAUCUUUCGAAAACGUCAAAGAGUCUUGUAAGUUUCUUGAUCGCUCUGGUGAUAGAAUCGCACCGAGCUGGUCCCUGAGCAUCUCAACAUCAAGAAUUCUGAAAUCGUUGAAAGAAUUCACAGCUCUUCUUCUAGUGCAGCUCUGCUCUAGAUUUGUUUAGCAAAUAUGGUGAUAUCCGAUAAAUUUAAAGGUGGGGUAAGGUUAUGCCCUGCAGCAGCAGCAAUGAGAAGCUCAUAUUCUGUAUUUAUACAUAGAAUGCAUUGUGUGGUAGGCUUAUCAUCACUAAGUGUAUGUUCUUUACAUUUUUUUUUUAUUAUAAUUAAUUACUCUAAAUAAGUAGAAUAUCAUAUUUAUCCACUAUUAAUAUCUUAAAGUUAAAGAGUGAACCA